CUUUUGUCUCCAUCAUUAGGCAGAAAUGACGAAACAGUCAGAUCGAUUUAUCUCUCGCAAUAUCGGAGCCGCCAUGGAUCUUCAUCGGAGCUCGAUCGUACUGAUUAUCCUUUCAAUUCUGUCUCCGGCGACGCUCUCAAUGCGUUACGAGCUACUUUCUGGGCACACGAAAUGCAUCUCCGAGGAGAUUCACGCCAACGCCAUGUCCGUCGGCAAAUACAGCAUCGUAAACCCUAACGAAGAUCAUCCUCUCCCUGCUUCCCACAAAAUCACCGUCAGGGUGACAUCGCCGCAAGGAACGGCUUAUCACGAGGCGGACGGAGUGGAUACGGGACAGUUCUCGAUAACAGCGGUCGAAACAGGAGAUUACAUUACUUGCUUCUCCGCCGUCAAUCACCAACCGGAGACGAUGCUGAUCAUUGACUUUGAUUGGAGGACGGGUAUUCAUACCAAGGACUGGUUGAAUGUGGCCAAGAAGAGCCAAGUCGAAACGAUGGAGUUUGAGGUUAAGAAGUUAUUCGAAACUGUUACUUCCAUCCAUGAUGAGAUGUUUUACCUCCGCGACAGGGAAGAAGAAAUGCACGAACUGAACAGAUCAACAAAUUCGAAGAUGGCAUGGUUGAGUUUUGUGUCAUUUGCGGUUUGUUUAUCGGUGGCAGGUCUUCAAUUUUGGCACUUAAAGACUUUCUUCGAGAAGAAGAAGCUCAUCUAAAGACCAUUACAAUAUCUUGAUGACAGAGAUUGUAUUGACAACCUUAAGCCUCUAGUUUAUAUACAACUGAAUUCAUUUUUGUCAAAGCAUUUUAUUACUCGAUUUCUCUUGCGGAAACAGACAAUUUAUCCUGUCUGAUAUUAUCUUAACA